CUCGUUUCGAUGUCUGAGGCGUUUCAGUUGUUUACUCGCAAACGGAACAACUUACGUUUCUUUAUUGUUUAAAUGUAUCUUAUUUUGACAGCUACUCUGUAGUCUUUCUUCUCCUUUUACAAGCUGAUUGUUUAUCGGAAGAACUUCAUUUCCGCGUGAUUUGAUGUGUUGUUAUGGCAACAGAGUCACCUCCUGCGUAGCAUUCAAACAGCUGCAGCUAGUCCCGAGUUAUUUUCCGUUUCGCACAUUGUAGACGACCCGGAGUUACACGGCUAUUAUUGAAGUCAUGGCUCAAUACAGAGCCUCUGAGUCGAAGCGGGAGCAAUUUAGAAGGUACCUCGAAAAAUCUGGAGUCCUCGACACCUUAACAAGCGUUUUAGUUGCUCUUUAUGAGGAGCCUGAGAAACCUAACAAUGCACUGGAUUUCAUAAAGCUUCAUCUCGGGGCAGCUGGUCCAGAGCCAGCAGACACAGAGGCUCUUCGUACGGAGCUGGCUGACCUACAACAGAAGUGCAGCGAGCUCAUGGAGGAGAACAAAGAGCUGAGGAGCAGGCUGAUGCAGUAUGAACCAUCGCCUGAUGGGGAAGCAGCAGAGUAGAGGUUUUCUUUGCUUUUGUGGAGGAAUAAAAAGAAAAAUGUUACUAAA